UCUGGCUCCCGCUCUCACAGCCAUUGCAGUACAUUGAGCUCCAUAGAGACAGGGCCGGGGCAAGCGCGAACCAGACAGGCACUGGGCAACUCUCUGCCUCGCGGAGGAAAAUCAACUAAACAUGGGCAAAGGAGAUCCUAAGAAGCUCAGAGGCAAAAUGUCCUCAUAUGCAUUCUUUGUGCAAACUUGCCGGGAGGAACAUAAGAAGAAGCACCCGGAUGCUUCUGUCAACUUCUCAGAGUUCUCGAAGAAGUGCUCAGAAAGGUGGAAGACCAUGUCUGCUAAAGAAAAGGGGAAAUUUGAAGACAUGGCAAAGGCUGACAAGGGUCGUUAUGAGAGAGAAAUGAAAACCUACAUCUGCCCCAAAGGGGAGACCAAAAAGAAGUUCAAGGACCCCAAUGCACCCAAGACUCCUUCGGCCUUCUUGUUCUGUUCUUAGUAUCGCCCCAAAAUCAAAGUAGAGCACCCCGGCUUGUCCAUCGGGGAUGUGGCGAAGAAGCUGGGGGAGAUGUGGAACAACACCGCUGCGAACGACAGGCAGCCCUACGAGAAGAAGGCUGCCAAGCUGAAGGAGAAGUACAGAAAGGGUAUCGCUGCCUACAGAGCUAAAGGAAAACCCGAUGCGGCGAAGAAAGGGGUCAUCAAGGCUCAAAAGAGAAAGAAAAAGAAGGAAGAAGAAGAGGAGGAUGAGGAUGAAGAGGAUGAGGAAGAGGAGGAAGAAGAGGAAGACGAAGAUGAAGAAGAAGAUGAUGAUGAAUAAGUUGGUUCUAGCGCAGUUUUUUUCUUGUCUAUAAAGCAUUUAACCCCCCUGUACACAACUCAUUACUUUUAAAGAAAAAAAUUGAAAUGUAAGGCUAUGUACGGUUUGUUUUUAAACUGUACAGUAUCUUUUUUUGUAUAGUUAACAGACUACUGAAUGUGUCUUUAGAUAGCCCUGUCCUGGUGGUAUUCUCAAUAGCCACUAACCUUGCCUGGUACAGUCUGGGGGUUGUAAAUUGGCACGAAAAUUUAAAGUAGGUUCUUGUUUGUGCACAGCACAAAUUAGUUAUAUAUGGGGAUGGUAGGUUUUUUUUUAAAUUUUUUUUUUCAUCUUCAGUUUUCUCUGAUGCAGCUUAUUACGAAGAUAAUUGUUGCUCUGGUAACUGAAUACCAUUCUGUAAUUGCAAAAAAAAAAAUGCACCUGUUUUGUUGACAUUCUGAAUGCUUCUAAGUAAAUACAAUUUUUU